CAAGGAGAAACGAAGAUGCAGGAUAAAGAAAGUAUUCUCUCUGAGAGAGUUGAGGAGCCAAAGCUAAAGUCCAAGUACCCAAGCCUAGGACAAGAGCCCGGAGGCUCCAACUUCCUCAUGAAGAGAUUACAGAAAGGGAAAAGGUACUUUGUCUCGGGAGACUACAACAUGGCCAAAGCCAAGAUGAAGAGUAAGCAGCUGCCAAGUGCAAAACCAAAAAAGAACCUGGUGACUGGUGACCACAUUCUGCCCCAGAGAAAGUCCUUGGUUAUCACCAGCAAGCUUGCAGGGUAA